GCAUCGUUGACAACUCCAAACUUUCUCCAGCCGACGACGACGACGACGCCGCAGAGAAAACUGCUGCGGACAUCUGCAGGGCUCUGAGAGGGAUCCCCGUCGGAGGCUGCAUGGUUUCUCAGAGGAGCGAGGGGGCUGUUGCAAUGUCAUCUCACACCACUGUCUUGGAGCUCUGUGGAAGGGAGAUGCUGGGAUGAAGUGGUUCGGCAGUAUGUCCCUCAGCAGCAAGAGGAGGAGUAGAAGGAGCAGCAGCUGUAGCUGUAGCAGUGGUCGUAGCAGUGCGCUGCUGCUCUUUGCUCUCCUGGUGGUGGUUACCCUCUUUGCGGACCCCGUGGCGGCCCAAAAGCAGCGGAGCGGCGGUGCCUCGGACAAAGUGCCGGUCCUGAACAUUGCGGUGAUCCUGGGGCGCACGCGGUACAUCUCCGACCGGGACAUCCGGGCGCUGUGGAGCAAGGAGGACCCCAUCGACGUCAACGUGGUCACACUGCUGGUCAACGAGACCGACCCGAAGAGCAUCAUCACUCACAUGUGCGACCUGAUGUCCGGUACCAAGAUCCACGGGGUGGUGUAUGGGGAUGGCACCGACCAGGAGGCCAUCGCCCAGAUUUUGGAUUUUAUUUCCUCGCAGACGCUUAUACCCAUCCUCGGCAUCCAUGGGGGGUCGUCCAUGAUCAUGGCUGAUAAGGAUGAUAAGUCGACGUUCUUCCAGUUCGGUGCCUCCAUCCAGCAGGAGGCUCUGCUGAUGCUGAACAUCAUGGAGGAGUACGACUGGCACAUCUUCUCCAUCGUCACGUCAAAGUUCCCCGGCUACCAGGAGUUCAUCAACAUCCUGAAAACGACCGUAGACAACAGUUUUGUGGGUUGGGACCUGCAGAAUAUCAUCAUCUUGGACGCAGUGGAGGAAGACAGUCGGUCUCAGAUCAUGCUCAAGAAGGUGCAGUCUCCGGUGGUCCUGCUCUACUGCUCCAAGGACGAGGCGGUCUACAUCCUGGAUGAGGCCCGCUCCCUGGGCCUCACCGGAUUCGGAUACAUCUGGAUUGUGCCGUCGCUCACCACCGGGAACCCGGAAAUAACUCCUGACGACUUUCCGUCAGGAAUGAUUUCCGUGUCAUAUGACGACUGGGACUACCCGUUGGAGGCGCGAGUUCGGGACGGCCUGGGGAUCAUCACGUCAGCAGCGGCCGCCAUGUUGGAGGAGUACGGCGACAUCCCUGAAGCCAAAACAUCCUGCUAUGGCCAGUUGGAAAAGACGACGAAGCUGCCGCCCAGCGCACUACAUAAGUACAUGAUGAAUGUGACAUGGGAUGGCAGAGACUUGUCCUUUACCGAGGACGGCUACCAGGAAAACCCAAAGCUGGUGGUCAUUGUUCUCAACAAGGAGAGAGAGUGGGAGAAGAUGGGCAAGCUGGACAACCGCAGCCUGACACUCAAGUACCCAGUGUGGCCGCGCUUCAACUCCUUCGGUGAUGCCGAGCUCGACGACAACCACCUGUCCAUCGUCACCUUAGAGGAGAAACCUUUCGUUAUUGUGGAGGAUGUGGAGAGGCUCACCGGGACAUGCAUGAGGAACUCUGUCCCCUGCAGGAAGCAUAUCAAAGACAACACAACAGAGGCUGGUGGGACGUACAUCAAGAAGUGCUGCAAAGGCUUCUGCAUUGAUAUUCUCAAGAAAAUUGCAAAGUACGUCAAGUUCACCUAUGACCUGUACCUGGUAACCAAUGGCAAGCAUGGAAAGAAGAUCAACAAUGUCUGGAAUGGGAUGGUGGGAGAGGUGGUCUAUAAGAAAGCCGUCAUGGCCGUCGGAUCUCUGACGAUCAAUGAGGAGCGUUCUGAGGUCAUCGAUUUCUCCGUCCCGUUCGUGGAAACCGGGAUCAGCGUCAUGGUCUCCCGUAGCAAUGGAACUGUGUCCCCGUCAGCCUUCCUAGAGCCAUUCAGUGCAUCAGUGUGGGUGAUGAUGUUUGUGAUGCUCCUACUGGUGACUGCAAUGGCUGUCUUCAUGUUUGAGUACAUCAGUCCGCUGGGCUUCAACCGAAACCUGGCACAGGGAAAAGAUCCCCAUGGCCCGUCUUUCACCAUGGGCAAGGCCGUGUGGCUGCUGUGGGGUCUGGUCUUCAACAACUCCGUGCCAGUGCAAAACCCGAAAGGGACCACGAGUAAGUUCAUCGUGUCCGUGUGGGCCUUCUUCGCUGUCAUCUUCCUGGCCUCCUACACUGCCAACCUGGCCGCCUUCAUGAUCCAGGAGGAGUUUGUCGACCAAGUCACCGGGCUUUCUGACAACAAGUUUCAGAACCCAUAUGCAUACUCACCUCCGUUCCGCUUUGGGACGGUCCCAAAUGGAUCCACCGAGAGGAACAUCAGGAAGAACUACCCUGCCAUGCACCAGUACAUGGUGAAAUAUCAUCAAACUGGCGUUGUGGAUGCACUUGUCAGCCUCAAAACAGGUAAACUGGACGCCUUCAUCUACGAUGCUGCAGUGUUGAAUUACAUGGCCGGCAGAGAUGAAGGGUGUAAGCUGGUGACCAUCGGCAGCGGGUACAUCUUUGCUACAACAGGUUACGGCAUUGCUCUCCAGAAAGGCUCCUACUGGAAACGACAGGUGGACCUGGCUAUCCUGGCCAUUAUCGGAGAUGGGGAAAUGGAGGAACUGGAAGCCCAGUGGCUGACAGGAAUUUGCCACAAUGAGAAGAACGAGGUGAUGUCCAGUCAGCUGGAUGUGGACAACAUGGCUGGGGUCUUCUACAUGCUGGCCACAGCCAUGGGGCUGUCCCUCAUCACCUUUGUCUCUGAGCAUCUCUUCUACUGGAGGCUCAGAUACUGCUUCACCGGGGUCUGCUCUGGCACGCCCGGCCUCCUGUUCUCCAUCAGCCGGGGAAUCUGGAGUUGCAUCCACGGAGUCCAUAUUGACAUGAAGAAAAAGACAGAUCUGGAUUUUAGCCCUCAGGACAAAAUGCUUAAGCUCAUUAAGUCAGCCAAACAGAUGACCAACAUGUCAAACCUGAGCGGCUCCCGCAUGAACUCACCCAAACGUGAGUUCAUGCACUCAGCUGGCCCAAUGAUCAUGGACAUGAUGGCAGAGAAGGGAAACUUCAUCUAUGCUGACAACCGAAGCUAUGCUCCCAAAGAUAUGAUCUAUGGAGACACUGGUGACCUGCAGUCUUAUCUUGCUAACCGCCACAAAGAUCACCUUAACAACUACAUCUUCCAGGGGGGGCAGCAUCCUUUGACCCUAAAUGAUGCCAAUCCCAACACAGUAGAGGUGGCAGUGAAUGCUGAUUCAGUCCAGAGUAAUGCCAAGCCACCUCGAACCCUGUGGAAGAAGUCAGUGGACACGCUCCGUUCGGUGCCACCUGGCCCCCCUCCAAUGCCUGACAUGCUGAUGCCAGAUCCACGAAUGUCGAUGAAGACACAGCGCUACCUCCCUGAGGACACAGCCCACUCUGACAUCUCAGACUGUUCCAGUCGGGCAGCCUCCUACAAGGACCCAGAAAACAACAAGCACCUGAAGUCCAAGGACAACUUAAAAAAAAGACCAGUGGCAUCGAAAUACCCAAGGGACUGCAGUGAGGUGGAGCUGUCCUACUUAAAGACUAAGCAGGUCAGCGGUGGAACCAACCAAAGCGGGAGAGGAGGAGGAGAGAAAAUCUUCACCAUCGACUCAGACCGAGAACUGAGCCUGCACUCAGACCCCAUUCUCUACCGCGAGAGUCGUGGUCUUGCUGCGGAUGAUUUGGAGUACCCAGAGAUCUACUCCGACCACAGUGACAACUAUAGGAAAUGUGAGCAGCCCAUCAUUCAUCUGAACUCCUCGCCUCUGCAUCAUGCAGACUCUGAUCUUCUACCAGACCCAGCUUACUCUAAACACUACAACCUGAAAGAGAAAAACCUUGAAUCCCUUGAUCGGUACAAACAGACACACUGCCGUUCCUGCUUGUCCAAAGUGAACGCUAGCUACCCUCCAGCAGGGUCAUACCCACCUACUGGAUCUGCUUCAGCUUCUGCCACACGCUCACCCUAUAAUCGGUGUGAAGCAUGCCUCCACAUGGCCAACUUGUAUGACAUUAGUGAGGACCAGCUCCUCACAGACCCCUUGGUCAGCCCCACCAUGCACCACCAACAGCAGCAGCAACCAGAUGAAAUGUUUGGUCUGUAUUGGCCACAGACGGAUGGGCCACAUGUCCAAAAGAGGAACCGCUUGAGGCUGAGUCGUCAGCACUCCUUUGACAACAUCAUGCUAGAAAAGCCCAAGGAUGUAGAUCUUGGCCGACCAGCACGUAGUGUCAGCCUCAAAGAGAAGGAUCGCUUCCUGGACUCCGCAUCUGAUUCGCACUAUGCGAACCUCUUUGGAAUGCGUCCCUACUCCGGCAGACUGUUUGGCACUGGGUCCAAAUCUAUGUUUAACCAUAACCUGGAGGAGAGCAAGAGGAGCAAGUCCCUGUAUCCGGCCCAUGGCUCGGAAAACCCUUUCCUCAGCCACUCGCUGAGGGAUGACACCAGCAGCAGACUGGUCCAUGGGCGUAGUUCCUCUGAUAUUUACAAACAGCUGGCAGUAUCUUCGCCUGCAACGGUCCUUGGAGCGGCCCCCAUCAAAACACGCAACGAUGCGAACAAUCUCCGCUCUUCAGUUAAAUCCACCACUUCAUACUGCUCACGGGACGGGCGGAUAACUAAUGACAUGUACAAUAAAGAGCAUGUGAUGCCUUACUCAGCCAAUAAGACUAGUGCAUACCCGGCCCCGCGUGGCGUCCUUAACUCAGCCCAGUUCAGCAAUAGACGGGUGUAUAAAAAAAUCCCCAGUCUGGAGUCAGAUGUUUAGCUGAUAAACAAAAUAAUGUGUUCUCUCCUCCUUACUCCUCUCUGGGUUUGUAUUAUAAUUUAUUAGCUAUGUUAUCCGCUAAGGGAUGCCAUAGCCACACUGCAUUUUCUUCUUCUCUUCGACAUUGUAACCCAAAAGAACUUGUGCCCACUUUGGUAUGACAGUACUACUACUUCUACUCUGUUUGCAGAUGAUAUCACCAUUUAUAUCCAUUCUCUGCCAUGUACCAAUGAGUUGGACGCAUUGCCAGCACUCUGCCACUAUGUAUCCGGGUGUAAAGGGAAGGGAAAUCAAAGGUGUAGGAAAUGGCAUAGUCCCAUUAGUGGGGCCAAGAGGGCCUAAGGAACAUUAAGGGAUGACUCCUGUGAAAGUUGUUGGCAAAGAGGCAGUUGAUCUGUGAUUGAAAUUAGUGAAAAAGAGGUGAAGAGGAUAGGGGGAAAUUAUAUGAGAGGAAAAUUAGUGGGAGAGAGAUAGAUUAAAACUCUCUUUCAAUCCCUCCUCAUUCUCCCCCUUUUCCUUUCCACCUCCACUGUCACGCUUAGGGCUUACAAGGUGAGGAGAAGAGGUCUGACAGGGAGACCAGAUGGGCACGUUUGAUGUCGCAGCCAGACAUGGAGGUGACCCAGGAGGGCAGGGACAUCACAGUGAGCUAGUCCAGCGGUCUGCUGCUUGUAACUCUGACAAAUAUGGCCACGAGACACCUGGCAGUAACAGGGAGGAGAGAGAGGGCGAAAGGAGAGGAGUGGCUAAAUGGCAUUGAGUGGAGCAUACCGUCGUUUUUGGAAGAUGGCUGCCGUGCGUCCGGUCAGAAUUUGCAAAGGGCCAGGGUAGUGGUGAGAAAACAGAGUAAUGUAGGUGCUAUCAAUGAUUAAUGUUUACAGACUGACAGAUAAAAAAAGACACACUGACAAAAUGAAGACAGACAAGUAGGAAGACGUGAGGCAAAUGAUGGGCAUUUCAUUUGUGGCUCUGCACAUAAAAAAUAAUUGCAAAGUAUUGCUUUUUUAUUAUAUUAAACUAUAAGAUUUUUUAGGGAUUCUGGCAUCCGGAUCCCCCUAUGUAAGAUUUUAGUGUUUGCUUAUUUGGUAGCACAAUAGCAAUUAGUUUAAAACCCUCUCUCCCACAUUUGCUUUUGAAAAAAGCAUAGCUUUUUGAAAUAUACCAUCAAGUGUAGUAGAUUAUUUUGCAUGUUGAUUUUUUUUUCUGUGUCGGAGGUGAGAAAAAUAUACACAUAUACAAUCUCAGACACAUUUUUUACAUGUUUUCGAAAAGCGUCUUUUUCUUGCGAGAUAUGGUGGAUGGAUACUUGUACAAUCGAAACCUUGUUCCUUGACCUUUGUGCUUAGUAAAACAGUGUCAUGCUGUGGCUCAUGCUCCAAUAGAGUGAGAGGAUGGUGGGAGGGAAGAGAGCAAAGAGGAGACAGCAAGGGAGAAGAUGAUGAAAUGACAAGUGGGUCCAUCACCACCUUAUCAAAGUUGGGGAGGGGAUGGGCAGUAAGGUGUUUAUGUCUUUUGACUUCCAUGCCACUGAGAAACAGGGUAUUGACUGUAAAAAAAAAACAACAACCAACAAUGACGAUUACUUCCUUCUUUCCUCCUUCCUCCUUUCCUUUUUUAAUCAACAUGACACAUCAUUACAGUGUUGGAUUAUUCUAGAACCACUUCACUUUAUUUCUUUGGGUUUUUGUAAAGCUGACCAGGCUAUACAUUAUCUAACCACUACAGAGAAACUGGGGAUUGUGUUAAAAAUUCAAUUAUUGCUCCACAUUCAACCAGGCUCUUGAGGAUCACCAGUUGAGAUGGAUCCCGUGUUUACCUUCAAAGUGAUGUUUGGGUGGGACGGGGUGGGUGGGAAACAAUGGAGAGGGACGGAACCGAAGAGUCUCCACUUUUAUGUGCUCAUCAAUUAUGUAUCCAUCUUACUGUGGAGUAAGUGGUGUGUGUGUGUGUGUGUGUGUGUGUGUGUGUGCGUGUGCGUGAGAGAACUUGGGCAAGCUUGAAGACUCAACCAAAACAUUUGGUUCAUAAUCUGAUUGUUUAUUUAUUUGUUUGUUUGUUCGAUUGUCUGUUUUGUUCUUUUUGAUAACACUUGGCAGAAAAGACUUGCACAUGCGCAUUCUUCCAUGUACAUGUGUGCCGAACAAACGUUUAUUUUUCUUUGUAGCAUUAAACUGUACAAAUUGUACAGUCAAAAAGAAAAACCAUGUAAUCAUAUUAACUUACUGAUUUGCUUGUUUGAUUGGACUCACAAAGCCAAAUUUAAUCAAAUAAAAUACCUCAGGAUGAUUCUGUGUGUUUUGGGGGAGCUUCAACCGUAGCAACAGAACAUUGCAGAUUUUUUGUAGAAAAAGAAAAUAUGAAAAAAACAAAAAAAGAAAGAAAAAGAAAAACACAGGAUCAAACUUUUGUCCUUUUGGUGUUUACCAGUCCAAGGUCUUCCAGUUCGGCUCUCUGUCCGAACUCAUGCAACCCAAGUAAAGAGAGAAGAGGAGGAAGACGAGGGAAAGGAGGGAUGGUGGUAGGGUGCUUCGAUCGUUUUGCUCAGUGAGGGGUGUGUUGCAUGCACCCCUUAACAGAAUGAAGGAUGUUCCUCAAAUGUCCGAAAUCUGAAAAGCUACCCUCAUGUGGAACACCCAAACGGGAAUCUCUCUCUUUCCUGUCCAUGUUUUUUAAAUGGCAGUCGACUGCAUAAGCCACUGUGUUUCAAUUGAAGCUCCACCUUUAACAACCAAGGUCAUAUCACCCUUUUGUACUCUUGGAAUACUGCAGAGAACCUCUCCUUUCUUCCCGAUCAGCUUACCCGAUGUUGACUGAAGAGCUACAUUUGUCCUUUUUUUUGCAUCUAUUCUGCAUAUUUAUUAUAAUUAUCAUAUUUAUCUCCACAUGCUGAUUGUGUGAGCUGACAAGUGAACAAUAUGCACAAGUUAAAAAAAAAAAAUCAAACGGCACCCUUUGCAUUUUAUGAACUCAUGGCGAUUUGUUCUAUCCGUUCUACUUUUACAGAACUGUCAUGUAAACUGAUGCUGUUUUAUGUUCCAACACACACAAACACUGACACACCCUUGUGAUGACAACCCUGCUGUUUUUAAUGGCAAAAUGUAUUUUAAUUACAUUUAAUGAUAAAUAAUGAGGUGAUGGCAUGCAACCCCAGAUGUAACAAUUUUAAUGUUUUAUGUUUUCUUUUUUUGUUUGUUCUUUUUGUUAUGAUGUUAUGAUCACUAAUGCGUUGUAACCAGGUGUGAGUAUAUACAUAUUUGAGAGAUCAAAAAAAGAAUUAUCUAUGUUUAACACGAUGAUGAAGAUGCUGCUGCUGUUUUGGGGGAGAAGGCGAGGACUUGACCCUAGUGCAACUUCCUCAUUGGUAGACGGGUCAUUAUCAGGCCACGUUUUUUGCCCAAUGGGGUAGCGGGUCAGGGGUCAGGGCUUGGCUUGGUAUGGCGGGACAUCCUUGCUCUUCCUCCAAUGGCAGGUGAGAAUGACUGUAUCACCAGCUCUGCUUCCCUCUUCCCUCUCCUUCAUGUGUAGUCAGGACUUCAACUGUAAAGAAGAUAAAAGGAAAAAAAAGCAACCCUCUACUUUGAGUCUGCUAUCCCUCCAAAGAUACGAGACCUCUUUCUUUAUGUUUGCUGUAAGAAUAGAGCUUUUUUUUUUAAACUAAUACUUCCUCAAAGACUUUUAAGGAACUAUUUUGAAUAUAUUUAGAAAUGACACCUGUAUACAUCGCUUGUAAAUUCAUACUGGAAUACAUCAUUGAGAAUUAUAAAUGAUAAAGAGUAAAAACAAUAUUUUUUGUGUGAAUUUCACAGGAGCUCUUCUGUACAGUGGCACUGUUUCUUUAUCUCUCUCUCUCUUUCAAUCUCUCUAUCUCUCUCUCUCUCUCUCUCUCUCUCUCUCUGUAGAGCGACUAGAAUAAAACUUCACCAUUCACAAGG